UACCAUCUCCCCAAUUUAUCUCUUUCUCUCUCUUGAAAAUUAUUUUCAAGAAAAAUAAAUCGAGAAAAUCAGAAAAAAGAAAACCCCUUUUUCGGGGUCCCUAAAUUCUCUCUCCCCAUCCUCCUCCUCCUCCUCCUCCUCCUCCUCCAUGGAGCAACACCAGCAAGCAGCAACUCUACCACCUCAGUCCGCCGAGACAACCACCGAUGUCCACCUUAACUUCGUCGCUAAUCCCACCCCAACUCUCCCCCAACUCGCCCCCUCUCACCCCUCUUACGCCGAGAUGAUAACAGCAGCAAUAUUAUGGGACAGUUCACAAGGGAAAGCAGGUGGAUCAAGCAAGAGAGCAAUUGCUAAGUACAUUGACCGAGUUUAUACAAAUCUCCCACCCACUCACUCGGCCUUGCUAACUCACCACCUGACAAGGCUGAAGAGUUCUGGUCAACUCGUUAUGAUUAAGAAUUCUUAUCAACUUCCUGUUGUUGCUGCUGCCGCUGCCGCAGCCGCUGCUGCUGCUAGUCCUGUUCCUCUUAGAUCUGCUCCUCCGCCGCAACAAUUUCUACAACCUCAUCAGCAAGCGCAAUUGCCGCCGGAAUAUCAAUCUGCUGAGUCUACUCCGAAAAGGAGACCCGGACGUCCAGCAAAGGCUAAACCUUUAGCCCAGACUACACCGGGUUCUGUCGUUCCUUCUCCUGCUACUGCUGCUGGGGUUGGUAAUGGGCCUUCGUCUGGUAAAAGGCCUAGAGGUAGGCCACCGAGGCAACGACAGCAGGAGCUUGCUGUUGCGGAGGUGCCGUUUGUUCAGCCGGUUUCGCAGCCGCAAGAGCAGCCCGUUUAUUCUCCUCCUGAGGUUGGAUUGAACAACGGGCAAACUCCUGUUAGGAAGCGUGGUCGGCCUUUUAAGAAUCAACAGAAACAGCUGCAGCAGUUUGUUCAGCCAAUUUAUGAGGUUGAAAUCAAACCCGUUUCCGCUAAUGGCAUAAUUCCUGAGGUGCCGAAGAGGCGGCCAGGGAGACCUUCGAAGGCGCAGUGGUCUCCUGCUUCCGCUCCCGCUCCUGGCGUUGCAUCUGUAACGGGGGCUAAGCCUAGGGGUAGGGGUAGGCCUAAGAGGAAUUCAUUGGGCCCUAUUGCGAUGCCCAUUGGGAAGAAGCCGCGUGGACGCCCGCCAAGGCAAGCGGCAGUGGCUCCCGGGGGCGGUGUUGCUGGUGGUAAGCGGCGUGGUCGGCCGCCUACUAAGGGGAUUGUGUGGACUGCAGCCCCAUCGAAACUAAUGAGGAAGUAUGUCGGCAAGCCUCGUGGCAGGCCUAGGAAGAAUGCUUUAAUUGUGGGGAAGGAAACAUCUGAGCAAGUAGCAGCUAAUGAAGAGCUGAUGAGGAAGGUGGAAAACAUGCAAGCAAGCAUCAAAGAGGCCGUUGGUGUGCUCAGGCCUUAUUUAGCUAAUGAGGAUGGAGCUGAUGAUGCAUUGACGGCGUUGCAACAACUUGAAAAUCUGUCAACAAUGAAUUUAACGGCAUCUCCAACCCCUGAUGAACCGCCAAUGACAGCUGCGUCGGUGAAUGCGACAGUCCAUGUUGAACCUAGUAACUCUGUACUUGCACCAGAGAGUGUUACUGUACCAACUAUGGUCGCACCUGUUGUACCGUUCAGCAUAGCUGCACCGACAAUUACAGAGGUUGCACCAUUGUAUCCACCACCUUCUAGUGCUUCUACCAUCGAAACCCAAGAACCAAUGAGUUGGAUCCCGACAAGCGAAACACAAUUGUGAGAACUGAGAAGUAGGAUUAUGUUGUUGAUUAUGUUGAUUAUUAGGUCUAGUCAUCAUUCAGAGAGGAUGAAAUUUGUAGAGGACUCAGUUAGAUGCUAAUGUUAUUUGUAAGAAAGUGUAAUUGCAUUUGUCAUUCGGUAUUGACUCCAGUCAGUCACAUUUCUGUAUUAUCUUUUAAGAGUUUUAACAGCUAAAUUUCCUUCCGCUUUUAUAGCAAUGAAGGUUUGGGAAAAAACAACACCCUUGAAUAAUAGUAAGGAAUCUUAGGUCUUUGUUCUUUUCA